UUAGAAAACAUUAAAUUAUAAAUAAAUGUUUCUAAAAAAAGAAAAUGACUGGAGUGACAGUGCUAUUUUUGACUUUUGUAACUCUAAUCAACGUUGUUCACUGUCAACUGGAACUGUCUGGUUUUCGAAACAUAACAUUAUGGGCACACAAGGAAUCGCAGAACUAUGUGCAAAAUCGAACUACACUACCUCGUGCACAUCUAAAUAUGACAUCAUGGUUCAAAGACGCUAGAUCAACCAUAAUUGGAAAUGGUAGUCCCCGCGUACGAGGUAAAUUUUGUCAACGUUGUCCCUGUGCAUGCAAAACCCUACCGAGAAAGAAUGAAUCAUUUUCUCGGCAUGCGCUUCGUAGAUAUGUGGCUGGAAGCGCUAGCGAAAACUCACCAAAAAGAACAAGAUUUAAUCGCAGCCGUUAAUCCAAUCAGACUCCACCUACCAUAUGACAAAAUCUGUCAGAAUAAUAUAAGCUUGCAGUUCAACUAUUAUUACCAUGAACACCACAGAGAAACAUACAAAAGCCAGCGACGUCUCCAGAUAAUUUUAUAAAUAUUAUUGCUACAACUCGCACAUUUAUGUAGCAUAAAAAAUUAUUCAUUUGUCAGUGACGGGACAAUAAAAUUUAUUGUUGAAAAGUCUCUAGUAAUUUUUAUUACGUUCGAUCAA